UGGAUAUUUCGGUGUUUUGCAGUGUUUUGUAUUUUCCUUUUAAAUUCCAAUAAAGUUAUUUACUAAUUAUUAUUAAUUAAACCUUAGCUAGUUAAUAAUAUAAGUUUUUCAAGAUGGAUUCAGCGAUAAUGGUGGAAACAUUGCCUAUAUUCGGCACUUGUAGUUUAUGUCUUGUGGAAGGCGUUGUGAAGAGUAUGCUAAUUAAACAAAUCACGGCAAAUAAGACAGAAUCCUAUACCGAUAUGUUGCUUAAAUGCUUUUCUAUUGAUAUGUCUGCGUUUGACUUGGAUGACACAAAGAGGCUGAUAUGCGACACCUGCAUACAUCAGCUGGAGAGCUGCCUAGAGUUCAAACAGCAGGUGGAAGUGUCAUUGAAGACUUUGAAGGAAACUGUCAAACUCAGACAAGCAGAACAGCAAAUAUGCAUUAAAGUGGAAGUAGAUUCAGAAACGAAAGCUAAUGAUACAAAAACCACGAAACGUCGUUUAAGAGAUGUGAAGAAAGAAUUAGCGUCCGCCAUCGGCCUGUCUAAUGACAACUACAUUGACAAUGAUUCAGAUAAUGAAAGAUUGGUGUUUUCAAAUGUCAAGCAAGAAUCUCUGGAUGACAGCGAUUUCGAUGAUCACACAAUUCUCAACGACUUGAUUAUUAAGAAAGAAGUGGACGAAUACCGGCCUCGUACAAGACAGAAAGCAAGAAAAAAGACGUUAUCCACAAAGAAGAAGAAAAUUUCAUACUCCACAAAGAGACAAGUCGAUUUGAACGACACGAAAAAAAUGCUCCAGUCCGGCUUAUUCCCGUUCAAAAUCAACAAAAACCAAAUUUACUGUUGCGCGGUAUGCCCCGAAAAAUCCCCCGUUUUGGACGACAUAAAAUCACACAUAAUGGAACAUAACAUUUCAAACAUAUCCCUAGCGUUCAAAAAAAUGCUUUCCUCGAACCUACAAAUAUUUUACAAAUCAUCACAGAAGUUAGGCUGCAAAAUUUGCUCAAACGAAAUUUCCGAUUACGACAAUCUGAAGCGUCAUAUAAACUCUUGCGUAAAUUCAAGUUCUCGAUGGAACAACCUGCCUUUUAAAUUGGAAAAAGAUCAACUGGAUUGUCCAAUUUGCAAAAAAACUUUUCUAAACUUCGUCAGUUUGAACACGCAUAUGAAUAUCCACUAUCCCAAUCAUAUUUGUGACAGUUGUGGCAAGGCGUUCGCUUCGAAAGCAAGAUUACGUGGUCAUAUAAGAACGCAUGAAAUAGGUGAUUUUCCAUGUAAAUAUUGCGAUGCGGUAUUCGACAGAGUCACUAAAAGAGAAAAUCAUGUGUCUAAAGAGCAUAAGUCUGGUAUUAGGUACGCUUGCAAACGUUGUAAUAUCUCCCUAACCUCAUUUUAUGCACGACAAAAACAUUUAGCGGAAGUCCAUAAUGAGGAAUUGAAAAGAUACAAAUGCAAAGCUUGCCCGCAAAGUUAUAUAACACCAGGACACUUGUCGAGUCAUGUUAGACGCGACCAUUUGAAUGAAAGGAACCAUAAGUGUAAUAAAUGUGAUUUGGCCUUUUAUACCCGGAAUUCGUUGAAAAUGCACAUGAUCAAACAUGAUGGUGAACGCAUACAUGCGUGUAACAUAUGUAACAAAUCGUAUCAGAGGAAGAAAACUUUACGCGAACAUAUGAGGAUACAUAAUAAUGAUAAAAGGUUUGUAUGUCCGGUUUGUGGGCGCGCUUUCACUCAAAAGUGUACUUUGAAAGGACAUUUGAAGGUACAUGAGCGAAAAGUUGAUUUGGAUGACAGAAUUCCUCAGCCGUUGCAUUCGAUUUAGUCUUUAAAAAAAUAGUUCCUUGGAUAUAACAUGUUAUACAACUUUAGUUACAUAACCUUAUGUUUCCACUAGCUUCGAAAAUAAAGAAAGAUCAUGUUAUAAAACAAUUUUGUAAAACUAAAGUUAACUGUCUCUUGAGACACAGUUAACUUUAAAAUAUGUGUUAUAUUAACUGUCUCUUAAGACACAUUUAACUGUAGUUUUAAAGUCUGUUUAGUAAUCAUUGUUAAAUAACUAGUGGAAACUCACGUUAAAAAGUACAGAUUAUUAUAUAACAUUGUUAUAUAACUCACUACUAAAAUUAUAAUAUAAAAACAAUGGGGCAUUUCGAUGACAGUUAAAAAAUUAAAUAUGAAAUAGCGUUUAUAUCAACUACAUGUUUACAUGAAAUUUUAUUCAUUCAAAUUAAUUUAUGACAUCGGCAUCACAUUAUUUAAAGAAAUAGACAAAUGUAUUUUUUUAUUUACGUUCAUAGAUUUAGUUUAUUGAACAAAUUGUUCAAAUAAUGCAGAAAAAAAAUUAAAUUUUAUAUACAUCUCAAAAAUAGGAACAAUUUUAAUUUUAUUUGUUUUUAAAGUAUUAAUAUUAUUAAAGUAAAGGGUAGGUUAGUUGUUUCUGUUAUUUUUCAAAGUAUUUUUUUGAAGGAAACAAGGUAUGAAAUAAGAAGUUGGUUUAUUUAAAAAAAAAAUUUUUUCAUUGUGUUAUAAAUAGGUUGUAUUACUUGUUUCAGUAAUAUCAACUUGUAUAAAAUCUUUUGGGGCCUGCACAAACGAGGGAGUAUUGUCCGCGGAGGACAAAUCCCCUGUACUGUUUGUCAAUUUUUGUCCUCUGAAGACAAUAGUCAGUCGUCUGCGUGGGCCUUUAAAAGGGGUUUUAAAUUAUGUGCAAUAAAAAAGCUAUUAUUGAAUUUUACAGAAAAUAAACGUUUUAAACUA